AUGAAGUACGCACUUCCUCUCCUGGCGCUUGUCGCCGCCGUCUACGCCGCCCCUCAAAACCUCAACGAGACGGGUAAGCCAGAGGAGCCCGCCCCUGAGAUCUACCCGGUCCCCUGGCCGCACCCAGAGAUUCCCGAGGGCGGCAGCAUCGGCAUUCCUACCAUCCCCGCCGAGCCAACCCACCAAGAGCCGGUCCCCGCCUGCACCGCUGAGCCUCACCACGGUGGUGAGCAGCCCAGCAAGGGCGAGCCUCAUCAAGGCGGGCCUCAUUACGAUGAACCGCACCCGGCUCAGCCCCAUCAUGGCCCGGGCUUCUUCCCGCCUCACCAAGUCGCCGGCAACGACGCGACUGGCGCACGUCAUUCGCUCGCGGCUCUCGCUAUCGGUAUCGCCGCCGCCGUUGGAUUCUCUCUAUAG